AUGACCCACACAGCCUUAGAACUUAACCAAAAUAUUAUUACUGAUCCAUAUUUAUCUUUCCCUAUCUUUCUUAUCUUCGCUAUCUUCUUCCUACAGGUCUGGAAGGACUACCAGCUCAGAUGGGACGCGGCAGACUAUGGUGGUAUUAAAGUGCUUCGCCUUCCGCCAGAUAAAGUAUGGAAGCCGGAUAUCGUACUGUUUAACAACGCCGACGGGAACUAUGAGGUCCGCUACAAGAGCAACGUUCUUAUUUACCCUCAUGGUGAGGUCCUGUGGGUGCCGCCUGCUAUCUACCAGAGCUCGUGCACCAUCGACGUCACCUACUUCCCCUUCGACCAGCAAACUUGUCUCAUGAAGUUCGGCUCGUGGACCUUCAACGGCGACCAGGUCUCCUUGUCCCUCUACAACGACAAGAACUUCGUCGACCUCUCAGACUACUGGAAGUCAGGCACCUGGGACAUUGUGGAGGUUCCAGCCUUCCUGAACGUGAUCCACAACGACCGAGGUCCCACAGAGACAGACAUAACCUUCUACAUCACCAUCAGGAGGAAGACUCUCUUCUAUACCGUCAACUUGAUCCUCCCCACUGUGCUCAUCUCCUUCCUCUGCAUCCUCGUCUUCUAUCUCCCCGCUGAGGCAGGAGAAAAGGUGACGCUGGGUAUCUCCAUUUUGCUCUCACUCGUCGUGUUCCUCUUGCUGGUGUCGAAGAUCCUGCCGCCCACUUCGCUGGUGCUCCCACUCAUCGCCAAGUAUCUCCUCUUCACCUUCGUCAUGAACACCGUCUCCAUCCUCGUCACCGUCGUCAUCAUCAAUUGGAAUUUCAGAGGACCCAGGACACACCGGAUGCCUAACUGGAUUCGUGUCAUGUUCCUCAAGUAUCUUCCUAUCAUGUUGUUCAUGAAGAGACCCAAGAAAACGCGACUUCACUGGAUGAACGAAAUGAACGCUGGAGUGCCUCCACACCAUCACUACGGCUCACCGGAGGUCGACAAGGGCAAAAUUGAACACAUGGAACUCUCCAACCUUCACCAUCCUAACUGCAAGAUCAACAGAGAGAUGCCUAGACGCGAGUCUGAGAGCUCAGACUCGCUCUUCAUUACCCCUGAGGCGUACAAGGCGACGGAGGCUGUGGAGUUCAUCGCAGAGCACCUCAGAAACGAAGAUGAGUACAUCCAGAUUCGUGAAGACUGGAAGUAUGUCGCCAUGGUGAUCGAUCGCCUACAGUUGUACAUUUUCUUCGCCGUCACUACCGCCGGUACUAUUGGCAUUUUAAUGGACGCUCCUCAUAUAUUUGAAUACGUUGACCAGGAUAAAAUUAUUGACACCUAUAGAGGGAAGUGAAGAGACUACCUUCAAGUGUUGGGAUUCAACGUGUAUAAUGUAAAAUGCCAAGAAAAAAUACAUACAACUUUUUACACUCAAAUGAAUAUGACUAUUCAUCAGCAGAGAAUAUGAGGGAGCCUAAAUACUGGAGAUCUCGGAUGUAAACCUUUGUGUAUAUAUCUUUGUUUCUCUCACUCUCUCCUUCCAUUUCUCUGGCAUAAGCAAGAAAAGAAAACAAACUCGAUCUCUGAAAGAAAAAAGAGGGACGAGAGGAAAAAAACAGAAUGUGAUAUGUAGUGUGCGAUGCUCGUUGACACAACACCAAAUAUUUUAAUAGA